UUCAGAUUCCUGAAGCACCCUGCAAAUCCCAGACUCACCUUCCCACUCUUUCCAGAGUCCCCAGAGACACACUUAAGGGAAAUUAAACUGCAGAAUGUAAGAGAUGCCUCAGUCAAAUCGGCUGGAAACACACGGGUCAUGGUGGGCAGGCGCUCACCUGCCGCAGGAGGAUGGCCUUGAUUCUAGCACUUUCCACGGGGUGAAUGCGGCGGGAUUUGGGGGAUUUUUCAAAUGCGUCAGUGUCUGGAAUGGGUUCUAAGCUACCAAAUAAUUCUUAGAGGUAAAUUACAGACGUGUUGCCUCAUCAUAGCUAGACAGCAUUCUCUGUACAGUGAAGUGUCUCCUCCGCCCUCAGUGACAGACACCUCACAGACGCCACGGCUGCUGUCACUUCCCUGCUGCACGCCUCCCACAGGCGGUUUGAAUUGGCGAGUGCCCGUGCGUCCAUUGUUCUGUCUUCCUGCGAAGUUAUUCAUCCUGGUGGUCGGCCCACCGACAGAAUGGAUUUGGAUCUGCUGGACCUGAAUCCCAGAAUUAUUGCUGCAAUUAAGAAAGCCAAACUGAAAUCGGUAAAAGAGGUUUUGCACUUUUCUGGACCAGACUUGAAGAGACUGACCAACCUCUCCAGCCCCGAGGUCUGGCACUUGCUGAGAACAGCCUCCUUACACCUGCGGGGAAGCAGCCUUCUUACAGCACUGCACCUGCGCCAGCAGAAGGAGCGGUUCCCCGCACAGCACCAGCGCCUGAGCCUUGGCUGCCCAGUGCUGGACGCACUUCUCCGAGGUGGCCUGCCCCUGGAUGGCAUCACCGAGCUGGCUGGACGCAGCUCGGCAGGAAAGACCCAGCUGGCGCUGCAGCUCUGCCUGGCCGUGCAGUUCCCACGGCAGCAUGGAGGCCUAGAGGCUGGAGCCAUCUACAUCUGUACAGAAGACGCCUUCCCACACAAGCGCCUGCAGCAGCUCAUGGCCCACCAGCCACGGCUGCGCACUGACGUUCCAGGAGAGCUGCUUCAGAAGCUCCGAUUCGGCAGCCAGAUCUUCAUCGAGCAUGCAGCCGACGUGGACACCUUGUUGGAGUGUGUGACUAAGAAGGUCCCUGUUCUGCUGUCUCGGGGCAUGGCUCGCCUGGUGGUCAUCGACUCGGUGGCAGCCCCAUUCCGCUGUGAGUUUGACAGCCAGGCCUCCGUCUCCAGGGCCAGGCGUCUGCAGUCCCUGGGGGCCACGCUGCGUGAGCUGAGCAGUGCCUUCCAGAGCCCCGUGCUGUGCAUCAACCAGGUGACAGAGGCCGUGGAGGAGCAGGGCACAGUGCACGGGCCACCGGGGUUCUGGGAUGAGCGCAUUUCCCCGGCCCUUGGCAUAACCUGGGCCAACCAGCUUCUGGUGAGACUGCUGGUUGACCGGCUCCGUGAGGAAGAGGCUGCCCUCGGCCAGCCGGUACGAACCCUACGGGUGCUGUUUGCCCCCCACCUGCCCCCCUCCUCUUGUUCCUACACAAUCAGUACAGAAGGGGUGCGAGGGACACCUGGGACCCAGUCCCACUGACACGACAGCAGCUGCAGAACAGCCCUGCCUGAGAAGCCCUGACACUGGCACUCCGGCCUUUAAAAUGCUGUCUGCCUUGGCCGUGGCACAGCUGGGAAUCUGGUUCAGAGCCCUCCUCCAGGGCAGCAGCUCCACUUUCUCAACUGAAGAUGGUGACCACGGACUGAUCCCCACCUGAGCUGGGCGGGAGGCGGGGGUGGGGCGCACUGUUCCACCCCUCCCUGGGUUUGGGGGCAG